UCAAGGUGGUUGACGUUAGCGGUGUCAAAACAAAAAAGUUGGCAAGAAAAAUCCUUUCUUCUGGAAGAAAAUCAAAGAAAAAUCCAUGUCUGAUGAGUAUUCAAUUGUUAUGUACCAUGGAGAAUUCAAUAAGAGUACCUGCGGGUACUGCAAGAGGUCAAACACCUGCAAUUCUCACGGGAUGACUGCUCAUGUGAUGUCUGUAAGGGAUUAUCAGGAUCUCAUUGAUCGUGGCUGGAGGCGAUCCGGUACUUACUGCUAUAAACCAACUAAUUCAUCAACUUGCUGCCCUUCGUACACAAUUAGGUGUGAUGCACUGAAUUUCAAGCUGUCUAAAUCUCACAAGAAGAUUAUCAAGAGAGUCAAUAAGUUCCUGAGGGAUGGAUUAAAGGAUUCCGGGGAGAAGGAAUCCAAUCAAGAUGAAGAAACUGAUGCUGCGGAAGAAAUUCCCAUGGGCCCACAAGUCACAACGGGAGUCAUAGAUGUUAAUAAGUUAGUCAAUAAGCUGGUGGAUGAAGAGCAGCUACCACCUUGUGAGCCAUCUUCGAGCAUGGAGUGCUCGAGUGUAAAAGAACCUGUAAAUGCUGCCAGUAGUGGGAGUGCUGCUUCCCAGAUGGAUCCUCUUAAGCCUCCGUGCAAGAAGGCUAAGCUACUGCGGCUGGAGAGGAAGCAGGCAAAGAUGGCUCAAAGGGAGGCUCAAGGAUUACCGCAGCAACCCGUGAAAAAGCCUCCAAAGAAUGUGGAGAAGAGUUUGGAGGAUUUCCUGGGAGAAGCUCCACAGGAUGGGAAGCACAAACUGAGGAUUGACUUGGUUUGUUCCACUGGUGAGGAAUUCAAUGCCUUUCUCCAAGUGGAGUAUGAGCUGUACCGAAAGUAUCAGACUCUCGUGCACAAGGAUCCACCGGAGGACAUUGAAGAUUUUCAAUAUUUCUUGCAACGCUCCCCUUUGCAGCUAAAAGUAUCAUCAACGUCACCGGCAAAGGGAUUUGGUUCCUUCCAUCAGCAGUACUGGCUCGAUGAUCGUCUCAUUGCGGUCGGUGUAAUUGACAUCCUGCCCAAUUGCGUGAGCUCCGUCUACUUGUUCUACGAUCCCGAGUUCAGUUUCCUGUCCCUCGGCACGUACAGCUCUCUCUGGGAAGUUGCCUUUACGCGGGAACUUCAGAAAUCCUGCCCAGAGCUCAAGUACUACUACAUGGGCUUCUACAUUCACUCCUGCCCCAAGAUGCGCUACAAGGGGAAACUCCAACCGUCCUCACUGCUCUGCCCCGAAGUCUAUUCCUGGCACCCAAUCACGGAAGAUUUACUGAAGAAGUUGGACCGCUCCAAGUAUUCGAGAUUCAAUGAGGAUCCGCAUGCAAGGGACAAGGAUGAGUUUCAGGUGCGGCACCUUGAGAAUGUUGUUUGUCUCUACGAAAACACCAUAAUGUACUUUAAGGAUUACAUCAAUCUGGACGGAAGCGAUGAAGAGCGACAACAGACCCUCCAGUAUGGUCGCUUAGUUGGCAGAAUUUGCUCCCGAAGGAUCCUUCUGUACAAGAACUGAAACACAAAUUGCUGGAUGUGGAACAAACGAGGCAAGCAAGUCGUUAGAUAAAAUAAAUUAAAACUUUAUUUUCGUUUAAAUUAACAUCUCAUUUAGAGUUUUUAAAUGCUGCGACGAUAAAAUUGCUUUAAAAAUCUUCUUUUUUUCUUGAUUCAAUUUGUCUAUUCACAAAAAGUUUUAAAAAAAAAAAUGUAAGUAGAUUUUAUUCAAAAGUUCUCUGUAAGGAGAGAAUGGCUUUUGACAAGAACAAAAAAAAAUUGUGUUUAAUCUUUCUCUCAGCUCUCAUUGUGCGGAAUUUAUCUCUCGUUACUUGUAAAGUUUUCCUCUAUAGAAAAAAUAUAUAUAUUUAUAUUUUACAUCAA